GUUUUCUGCAAGCCGGAGGAGGCCGGGAAGUCGCCCUGCGGCCCGGCUAGCAGGAUUGGACGCCGCCGACUGAGAGGGCGGAAAAAGCAUCAGCGCGGCGCCUGCUCCGCGCAAGGCAAAGGCGGGGACGCCAGGCCGACUGGUGGAUCUGACGAUGGCUAACAGUAUUGCUGAACCCUUUUCCUGUGAUACUUUUGUGGCUCUGCCUCCAGCCACACUAGAUGGCCGAAUCAUUUUUGGAAAAAAUUCUGAUAGGCCUUCUGAUGAAGUCCAGGAGAUUGUGUUUUUUCCUGCUGCUGAUCAUGAUCCAGGACAAAAAGUUGAGUGUACUUAUAUAGAAAUUGAACAAGUACCCCAAACCUAUGCAGUUGUCCUGAGCCGUCCAUCCUGGCUAUGGGGUGCUGAAAUGGGAGCCAAUGAAUGUGGAGUCUGCAUUGGGAAUGAAGCCGUAUGGGGAAAAGAAGAAGUCUGCGAUGAUGAAGCUCUCCUUGGCAUGGACCUUGUCAGGCUUGGACUUGAAAGAGCAGAUACUGCAGAAAAAGCUGUCGAUAUUAUCGUUGAAUUGUUGGACAAGUAUAAUCAAGGUGGAAACUGUAUGGAGAGUGAAAUGACAUUUACCUACCAUAACAGCUUUUUGAUAGCAGACAGAAAAGAAGCUUGGAUUCUGGAAACAUCUGGAAAGUUCUGGGCUGCAGAGAAAGUAAAAGAAGGAACACGGAAUAUUUCCAACCAGCUAUCAAUCACAACAAAAAUUGACCGUGAACAUCCAGAGCUAAGGAAUUAUGCUCUAAGCAAAGGCUGGUGGGAUGGUAAAGAAGUAUUUGAUUUUGCUGCCAUGUACUCAUAUUUAAAUACUGCCAGAAUGACGACUGCAAGUGGCAGAUAUUGUGAAGGCUAUAAACUACUGAAGAAAUAUGCAGGUAAUAUAACAGCUGAGACAAUGAUGACAAUUCUUCGAGAUAAAGAGAGUGGUCUUAACAUGGAAGGUGCCUUCAUGACCACAGGAAGCAUGGUUUCUAUACUUCCCCAAGAUCCUAGUCUCCCUUGCAUUCAUUUCUUCACUGGAACGCCAGAUCCUGACAGGUCUGUUUUUAAACCUUUCAUUUUUGUGGAAAAUAUUACCCAGCUUCUAAAAACCAGUUCUCCGGUGUUUGGCCCAGAGGAUCCAGUUAAAAAGCAGCCACGAUUUCAUACGAAGCCUGACAGAAGACAUGAGCUCUAUCGAACGCAUGAACGGGCAGUUGCCAUGAUGGAAGCAUCAAAGGAAAAGGCUGCACUGAUCAUGGAACAGAUCCAAAAACUGGAGAAAGCAAAGAUUGAUGACAUGGACCGUAUUCUCCAGAAUGGGUACCUGAAUGUUGAUCAAGCAGUUAAUCUUUUUUCAGAUUGUGUUGAAGAAGAAAUACAUAUAUAUGUAUGACAAAAUAUCUGCAGUUUUUUCCUUUUAUUAAUCCAAGUGUUGUUUUCCAAAACAGAUUUAUUCACUGUCCAAUGCUGCUUCUGGCCAAAUAGCAUUUAUUAUGUGUACACUAGCUGGAAGAUAAAAUACUGGAAUUAGUUUUAAUAGAAUAUAAUUGCUAAUUUUAAAUGUGACAUGCAGCUAUCCAAAGUUUAAAACACCUACAAAAUUACUGGUUUUUUGUUUACUUUGCAUAUAUUUUCAGCCUGCAUUUGUUUGAUAUUUCAUACACUUAAUGGCCAAGUGUUGUACACAUUUAAUAAGCAGAGUUAAUAACAUUAAUUUAUAUGUUGUCCAACUCCCACCAACUUCAACAUCUAGUUGAACAAAAAGCAAAAUGAAGCAAAUAAGUGAAAUAAUUAAUUCUGGAAUUAGUAUGUAUUAGCCAAAUCAACCCUAAGACAUUAUAAAGACUAAAGUGGCUAUCGAGAAAACAAGGACUGUAAAUUACAGCACAUUUCCCAUUUUCUUGUAAAUGGCUCCUCAAAUGCAAAUUUAAAUAUUUAAGAAAACAACUUUAAGAAUUCAAGAAAAUAUUUCUUUCUAUUGCAGAAGUUUGAAAGCAUUGUGGAUAUGGUUAACACUAAUGCCUUUAAUCUAAAAAUAACGAUAUACAGUGAUGUAUGUAUAUGAUUUGAAACGGUAUACAGACUUAGACUUUGAUAAAGGAUUAAAAGAAUAAAAAUUCUGUCCUUAAAAGCUUGUAUUAAAAACUUGAUGCAUCAGGAUAAUACGAAUAGGAUGUUAAUGUUAUUUUUAAUUAUCAUUAUGCACUGGAUUUCACAAUCCAAUAGAAAUUAGAUGCCUUGGCCCCUAUUAGCAGAAUAGGCUUCACUGAAUAGCAUCGUACCACUGCUUCUUUAUAUUAUUUUUAUUGCAACAUCAUCUAAAGUUGGUAGUAAUCAAAUAUAAUUCAAAGCACUUCUGCAAAAUGUGCAGAAAACAGCAGAAAACAAGAAACGUUUACCUCAUAGGAAAGAGUUCAGAUUACCAAAUAAACAUUCAAUAAUGAAUUUUAUAAAAAGCCUUCAUUGUAAUAGGACUUUGUUGGGUUUAGAUUUCAUUCCUUCUUUGGUUUCUCAUCAGUAAGUAGAAGGAAAGAAAAACUCCAGUAGUUAAUCCAGGGGUGUCAAACUCGUGGCUCAUGGGCCGGAUGUGUCACGCUCUGGCCAUGCCUAUCCCUGAUUUAGCGAAUGGGAAAAAGUUGUGAUACGUCACGUGAUGCCAUGAGUUUGACACCCCUGAGUUAAUUCAAUGUUCACAAAUAGGACAUCUUGCUGCUGAAUGCCAAAAUUGGUUUUAAAAAACUAUCAAAAUUAAUAUUUUUCAGGCAAUAAAAGAGGACUGUUGGGAGCCAGUUAUAGAAAGGUAUGAAGUAGGAUGUAGUCAAGUCAUAGCAACAUUUAAGUCCUUCUGAUUUAUCUAAUGAAUUAAAUAUAGCGUUUAAUUUUUAAAAAGAGUAUUUCCUGAGUUGAAAGCCUAAAUUUGGGCAGAAACUCAUUCAGGUGUCAAUCUUAUGUCUAUGGUAAUUAGGUACUAUAGAACUUUAUUAUGUGAAUAAAAUUGCACUAUCAAUGUCCAGAAGACUUAAUAAUUUAGCUGUAAUUCUUGUUAAUAUAAAUGAAAACCAGAUAUAAAUUAGUUGCAUGUCUCAAUCUGGCAUACAUAAAAAUGUGAUGAAUUCAAGAAAGGAAUUAACAAAAAUUACACUGAUGUAAAAAAAUUAUUAUGUAGUAUGAGAUAUUUUUAGGAAAAAUAACAUAAUUGCUAUCACAACAGCAAAAAUAUCAAGAAUGAAAUGCCAUCUUGCUAUAUUGGGGGAUACAAUCUAGAGCUAAAUGUCAUAAAAGUUAUAAUUGAAUACUCUACCAUGGCACUUUGGACUUAAAGCUUGAAUGCACCUAUUAUAUUGCAUCAUAAUUUAAACUACCGUGUUUCUCCAACAAUACGGCCUCCCCCAAUAGGAAGUCCCAGCAUCCUUUAUAGG